AUUCAUUUGCCUGCUGCGCUGUCACCGGGUUGUCCUGCACCUGCGCUUGUGAAUCCGAAGAGUAAAACCUUUUGCACCGUCCAGGCGAAUUAGUGGCGAUAGAACGGUUAUUUUGAUAUCUAAAUAAUUGAUAACAAUUACAAUGGCGAACUUUGAUCAGUUCCAGCCCGAUUCUACACAGGGAUUUGACGGAGAUUACGACAACGAUAAUGAUUUCGAAAGGGUAGAUGCCGACAGACCCCUGGCAAUGAGUGAUAACCCGGAGGAGGACCGGUACGCAUCGGAGCAACCGGAGGCUCAGGCCCAGUCACAGGUUCCCACUGCAGAUCUGUUGGGUUCCUUUGGCUUCGGGGAUAGUCCUGAUCCUGCGACUGCAGCACCUGACUACUCCAGCCGUGGAGGUGAUGAAUUGGGUGGGUAUGUUGAUGAACCUAAUGUUCCCGAUACAACCGCCACAGGAUCUUUGGGAGAUUUUGAUCAUCUUCAGGAAAUCAAACAAAAGGAGAAGGUGGAGGAGCCAAAGCCAGUCUCGCAACCUCCAAAAUCAUCACCUCCAGGUGCAGCGACAAUUGCAGAGAAGCCCACUCCAAGCCCAAGGUCACAGGCUUCGCAGUCAGUAGGUUCCUUGAUUGAUCUCUCCAAGCUCGACCCAAGAGGUAGAUUUAUUCUUCCUGAAUCUAUCAAAAUGAGAUUCAGUUCUUGUUCUUUAGUGUAUUGGACUUAUUUAUUUCUUGUUGUUUAAUCUGUUCCUCUGCAUGCUUGAAACUGUUUUUAAUGUUCAUUGUCCUGCUUUCUUGUUUCAUUCCUUGAUCACAGAUUUGGUAAAACCAGGAGCUGAUUGCAUGAAAGGCUCUUGGCAAGGAUCGUCUUAUGUACAUGUAUUGCUGGUUUAUUAUGAUGCACCACAUGAUUGAGUUUUGUGAAAAUAUUAUCAACUAUUAAAACCUUUUAGCUCACUUUUGAAUUCAUUUUUAUUUCAUCACAUAAGAUGUUAUUUUUGUAAUAAUUGAAAUGAAUUUUGAAACAACUUGUUUAAAUGGCAUCUACCUGUACUUCAGGUCUUCAGCUAGAUGUGCAUGUAUGUGUAUGGUGUACAAAAUAAAUUGGCGACAUGAAAGACAGUCCUUGCAAAGACCUGUCAUACAACCAGCCCCUGAUCUCUAAUACAUGUAGUCCAUUUGGACAUUCAUUUGAAUUUUUGAUUGAAAACAAAAAAUAAUUUUGCAUCAUUAUAUAUCCUAUUGUCAAAGUUAGGGAUUACUCUAGUUUCACCCCACCAAAAAUGAAUAAAUAAAUAAAUGAUUAAAUGAAUGAAUAAAUAAAAUUGAGAUUACAUAUCAGUGGCAUUAAAGAAUUCAAGGGACAGAUUCCAUAAAGAUCCAGAAAUUUGUUGUUUGAAAUCAUUCUGAAUUAAAUCCUACCUUGUGUAAAAAAUACCAAAAAAUAAGAAAAAUUCAUGUUAUAGAGAAGGCCUUGAAAAGAAUAUCCUUUAAAAUUUACAUAAAUUUGAAUGAAUUUCUCAUACAUGUAAACAUAAUUGUUCAUCCAUAUUUUUAUGUCUCAUAAGUUUUUAGUAACACUAGGUAAUUGUUUUUCCCAGCUUUUCACAGUCAUAAACAAUAUUCAUUCAUGCUUUUAUCUGAGAUUCUUUGUAAUAUAACGUACAUGUACUUGUGUGUAUUGUGUGUUGCAAUGUUUAUAUACUCCACUACUCUAUAAGCUGUUAUUUUUGCGGAUUUUGCGAAUUGCCGAUCGGCUGCGAAUUUAACAAUGCGCGAAAAAAUUGACACAUUUAGUAAUCAGUGCCAAUAUCCCCAACCGUCAACAGCAUAGCAUUGCUGUUGCAAACAUCCUGUGUGGUGAAAAAAUUGAGAUAUGCACUGCACACAUGUGUAUAUAUUAUGUACAACAAUAAGGUUGAGAAAUUACGGUUAGUAAUUUAAAAAGUUAAAGCUAGAAUUUCACUUUUAUAUUUCUCAAACAAUAUCAGAGCCUAAAUUAUUUCCUAACAUAUUUUGUCAAUAUUUACUCACUCACUAAUAUUACAAUGUAUUUUCCAUAAAAUGAUUUGAUUUUAUUGUCAUCGGAUUGACUCUAUACAGGUACAUGCAGCUAUUUGCAUACUCAUUGAUAUUAAUAAGUUACAUGACAAUAGGUUUGAAAGGUGUAAGAUUCUGUUCACAAAACUCAAAAUUUUUUGCACUUAAACC